AACAACUGCAGUCUGCAUACAAGAUCCGGAGAGCGUUUGGUGAAUAUUUGGGUGAUUUGAUGUUCAUUUGAGUCGAGUUAAGCAACAAUAAUCUUCGGCUUCUUCGCAUUUAUUGUUAUUACAUAAUCAAUAAUGGAAGAUGAAGAAUCUGAGAGGCAAAGAAAACUAAAAGCUGGACGGGAGAAGCUGAUGCAGUUUCAGCAAAAAAAUCGUGGAGGAAAAAAAAAGAAAAAAACUUCAGGUAGAUCAUCCAAGAGCAAGAGCGAGGAGGUUGAAGAAGGUAGUGGUAAAAUUGGCGGGAAUUCGCCUGCAAAUAGUGAACAAGAUGUCAGCAUAGCUUCUGCUGAUACUGAUAAAGAUAUUUCCUCGAUUGCAUCAGAAGUGGAGGAACAAAUUGCACAUGCACAACAAACCACGGAAACUCAGUUACCAACACACACUGGAGGUGAAAGUACAGGUGGUAGUUAUGCUAGUGAAAGUUACACCAGUGGAGAUGAAUCUUUUACAUCUGAGGAUGGAGGUGUAGAUGAUCUUGUGAUUGCCAACCUUGAGCGAAAUGAAUUGAAAAAUCGAACUGUUGAACUAGAAGAAGAACUGGUUGCAAAGAAAACUGCAUUAAAAGAAAUCAGUAAAGAAAACACUGAGUUGAAAUCUAAGUUAGACAACAUAGUACAAUCAAGCUUUGAUGAGGGGCAUGCCAAAACAGUUGUUGAUUUGAAUGAGAGGAUUCAGGAGUUAGAAGAAACUGUUAGUGUGGAACAAUCCUCAAUUGAUGAACUGCAAAGGGAAAAUGUUGAUUUAAGAAAGAGAAUAGAAGCAUCUCUGGACUUAGACCAGUCUGAAUCCUCUCAAGUUGAAGAACUUAAGGGAAAGUUGGUCACAAAGCAAGUCACCUUAGAUGAACUUAACAAGCAAAAUGAAGAAUUAUCUGUUCAAGUAGAGAAUCUUAAGUAUCAGCUUAGUGAAACCCAGAAAGAUGAUGUCAGUGCAAUAAUGGAAAAUUUAAAAAUAAAGGAAAACUCGGUACAACAACUUGGUGUGGAGAAUGAAAACCAAAGAGCUGUUAUAAAGUCAUUAGAAGAAGGCUUGAAUCAGAGUAAAGCCCAAGUAUUUGAAUAUCAAAAAACAUUACAGUUAAAAGAUCAAGAAUUGCAGCAAGUGGCCAAUUCAUGGAAGGAAUAUCUUUCACAAAAUGUCACAAAGUUCAAUGAACAGUUGGCACAUCGUGAGCACCAGCUCAAUGUAGCUUCCCAGGAGAUUUCAAGAUUACAACUUGUACUCGAUGAGAAAGACAAUGAAAGUGUCACCAGCCAUGAUGCAGCUGCGAAUUAUGCAAACAAAUUAUCAGAACUGACCAUCCAACUUGAGGAAAAGACCAGUGCUUUGGAGGAUAUGAAUAAUCAAGUCAUACAGUUCAGUAAUAAACAGAAACAAGGAGAGGAAGAGGUUGUUUUACUGAAAACCCACAUUCAAGAGCAAACAGAGCGUUUAAUCUCUAUGCAAGAAACACUGGACAACUCAAAUGCGAUGCAUAACGAGAAGGACAACAAGAUUGCAACUUUGGAGCAGCAGCUAGAAUCUCUAUCACAGAUCAAUGAAGAUAUGAGCAUUAACUCAAAGACAGUUGCGGAACAAAUGCUUGAAUUACGCAAUGCCCUGGACAAUCGAAAUCAAAGUAUAUCACACUUAGAAAAAAAUCUUAAUGAGCUAGCUGAGGAAAGAGAAUUAUUGAAGAAUGAAAUGACAAGCCAGACUCAAGAUUUGUUAAAUCAAAUGAAGGAUUUACGCUCCCAACUUCAAGAGAGUAACGCCAAAUUGGAAAAGCAGAGCGACGAGAUGGAAACCUCGUUCUCAGAGCUGCAUGUAUCAAACGACAUGAUUCAAAAUCUUCAGAAAGAAAUGUUAGAGAAAGACUUAGCCUUAGAGAAUACCAGGCAGAAACUUGGAAGUACCGAAGAAAUAUUGGAGGAAAUACAAAAGAAAUUUGUUGAGGAAAAGGAAAGGUUACAAAACGAGCUUAAUGACAAAGAAUCCGUACUGGAAGAAUCGAGAAUGUUAUUUUCUAAAGAAUUAGACAUGGAAAAAUCUGCUGUUGCUGAGAGCUUAGCAAAAAUUCAGAGUCUUUCUGAUGAGGUUGAAAAAUAUCAGAAGCAAGCUGCUGAUCUUCAAAAUGAAGUAGAACAAAAAGAUGAAACCGUAGAGGAGUUCAGGCUUCGUUUAAAUGAAUCAAAACAACGACAUGAAGAGGAAAUGGAAAGUUUAAAACUUCAGUUAGAGUACAUGAAAGAAGGAGUUUCAGAUUCUGGCCAAAAAAUGAUUGAAGUUUCUGAAGAACACCAAGAACAACUCAGACAGUCGCAAGUGAAGUUGGAAGAGAGUGCUAAGCAAGUACGAGAAUUAAAAAAUGAAGUUGAGCAGCGUGAUGAAUUACUUUCAAAUGCUAAGACCACGCAGUUAGAAGCAUUGGAGAAAAUUCGCAAAUUACAGGAGAAAGUUGAUGAUGACAAACAAAAGUAUAACGAAGAGAUAUUGACCGUGGUAGAAAAACAACAAGAAGUUACAAAAGCCACACUUCUGGAGGCACAACUCGAACACCAAAACGAGACGAACAAGUUAACAAAUAGCCACGCAGAAGAGAUGAGUAGCCUUAAGAAAGAGCUUGACCACUUAAGAUCUUCGCUUGAAGAGAAAACUAGGUUACAGAAUGAAAUAGAGCAAAUGAAAAACGACUACGAGAAAGCAUUCAGUUCUAUGAGAGAAUUAAACAGUGAUUUAAAGGAGGAAUUAGUAGUGGCGCAGCAGCAACUAGCAGAUGGUGUCCAAAACCAAGAUUAUUUAACGAGUUUGAAAGAGAAAAUGCAACAUCAAGAAGAAGAGCAUGAUAAGAUGAAGAAAUUAUCGGAGUCUUUGGCAUUAGAGAAGGAAGAUCUUUUAGCUGAACAAGUUGAAAUCAAGAAUGAGCUAGGAAAAUAUAUUGCUAUCCAAAGUGAUCAUGGAAAAGAGGUGAAGGAGUUAAACCUGAAGAUUGAGAGUCUUGAGGGUGACUUGACAAGGUUACAAGAAAGUGAAGAACGAUUGUUGAGUGAGAAGACCCAAUUGGAGAGUUUACUUCAGCAGACUGAGGGUGAGAAUGAACAGAAGGUCUUAAUGUUGACUGAAAAGUUGCAACUUGCGAAACAGAAUCACGAGAGUGAGUUACAGCUUCUACGAGAUGAGUUAAUAACGGAGGGAGGAAAACGAGAAAAUAUUCAGGCAGAGAAAGAUCAGACUAUGGAGUUGUUAAUAGAAAGUCAGGAAAAAGUAACCGAGCUUGAGGAUACUGUUCAGAAGCUGAAACAAAGCCAGGACGAGGCACUUCAGGAAAAACAACAAAAUAUGGAACAGGAAAGCGAGAUUUUGAUAAAUGAAAUUAGAAAAGAACAUGAAACUAAGGUUCAAGAGCUAGAGAACAAACUUCACGAGAUGGGAAAAAAUAAUGCGGAAACCGCUGCUAAGCAGCGAGAGGUAGAGGAAUUACUGCAAAAAUCCGAUGAAGAAUUGCGAGAAGCAGCUGAUGUAAACGAGAAGAAAUUGAAAGAACUGUGUGACAAGCUGCAAGAAUUACAAGAAAAGGAAAAUAGUUCGGUAACAGAGCAACAACAGAUUGUUGAAAAGGCUGAACUAGAAUUUUUAGAGAAAUCGAUUGAAUAUGAAAACGAGAAUAAACAACUUCAGGAGAGAGUUCGACAGUUGGAAGACAGCCAAGCAACCAUUAUCGCAGAAAAUAAAGAAAUGCAAGAAAAACUUAACGAGACACAGUCAGAAUUACUCGGAAAACGAGAGGAACACGAGAAUGAGAUUAGACAGAUGGACGAACAGCUGGAACAAACCCGGCAAUUUAUAGAGACUGUCAGAGCAGAUUGCGAUGGCAAGUUGGUUAAUCUCAAGGAAUCAAUGAACACGUCAGAACAUGAAUUUAAAAAGACACUAGCAGAAAAAGAAAAUGAGUACCAAGAGCUAAUACAAAAGAUGCAAAGUGAUCAUGAAGGUGUGAAAGGCGAGCUUGAGAGGACGAAGAAUUCCAAUAACGACCUACAGAAACGAUUGCAAAAUUUGGUCUCAGAAAGGGAAGAGUUGAUAAAAAGGGAAACGGAAAUGGAAAAUUUUGAUUGGAACUCAAACAGUUUUCAGCAGCCUGUUAUUGAAGAAAAACUGACCUCAUCUGAUAACUGGAUAGAUGUUCAAGGAGAGACAGACGAUGGUUGGGAUUGGUCGGUUCCAGAGGAGAACAUAUCUAGCGAACCAACAAAAGUGAGUACAGAGCAACAACCAUCCUUAAACGAGUUUGAGUCACUUGAGAGAAUUGCGUUCCUUCAAGAAAAACUCGCUGAAAAAGAGAAGAAUGAAGUACAACUGAUCGAGGAGAAGAAUAAACUUCUAAAAAUCGUUAAAGAAUACAACGAUUCCUUGACAAAUGAAAGAGAUUCUUUGAAGGAAAAGAUCAACGACCAAGAUGAAACAAUAAAGAAUUUACAGGACCAACUGUCAAUGUCUGAACUGGUUUCAUCUGACAUCCAACAAGUCUUCGCGCAGCAACUUCUGGUGCUUGAGAAACAACGGGACUCUUUGUUAAACCAAUUGGACGAAGAACAGAAAGAACGCAGCUCGUUUGUUGACAUUCUUGAAGAAAAACACGCCCUUGAAGAGAACUUGAGGUCUGAGAAAGAAGAGCUAGCAGAUAAAUUGAGACAAAAGGGGGUUCUUGAACGGCAAUUGGAUGAUGAGAGAGCUGCACUGCAAGAACAAUUGAUACGACAAGCUAGACUGAAUGAAAUUAUACGAGAGAAAGACGUGUUGGAACAAGAACUAACUGAACAGAAGAAUAGAUUACAGCAUGAACUGAGCGCUAUUGAAGACAGUCUGCUUGAGAAAGAGCAAUUGCUGGACCGAGAGAAGGAAGCUCUUCGUCAAGAAUUACAGGAAAAGGAAUAUGAAAUGGAAACAUGGCAGGGAGAACUGAAAUCAAAAGAAGAACGGGAGAGAGAACAACGUGAACUUCUCGAGAAAAACUUCACCGCAACACUGUUAUCCACUCGGACAGAACUAGAGGAUACCUAUCAACAAAAUCUCGAACAUUUAAGAACAGAGCUCGAGGAUGGUUUCAGGCAACGUUUGAUUGAUGUGGAAGAAGAUUAUCAAACUUAUCACAAACAAGAUAUGGCAAGUUUGACCCGACAACAUGAACAACAGAUUGGCAUGUGGUAUGAACUGGCAAUGUGGCUUCUAGAAUCAGUAUCUGAACGGGAGUGUUUUCAGGUAGCCGGUGUGAAAGCAGAGUAUGAAGAAAGAAUCAAGAAUUUAAAACAAAUCUUGGAAGAACAACGACAAAGACAAGUUACGACAAUGAAGAGUGUUUUGGAACGAGAUCGGGCAACUGAGGUUCAACAUCUCAUGGAUAAUCACGAUGAUGAUAUGGAGAACUUACGGAAAGAGUUAAACAUACGUCAUCAGGAUAUCGUUAACGCAAUUGUAGCUCGUUUAAAACAAACUCAUCAACAAGAAAUGGAAGACUGCUUGGCUGAAGCGGUGACUGAUACCGUACUAAAAGUCGAAGUUGCCAGGUUAGAAGUGGAAAAAGAGUAUGAAGCUAAAUUUGAGGAAUUAAAGAAGGGCGCAGAGAUGGAAGUUGGGAAAAUAAGAAAGAUGAAUGAAGAGGAAGUCUCCAAACUAGAAUCACGGAACAAGGAAGAGGUCGAACGGAGAGAGAUACUUGAAAAACAGCACGAGGCAGUUAGUGAAGAUCUACGAGGCACAUAUGAACAAGAUUUGGAGAAACAACUUACCGCAUUGAGGAAUGAAUUGAAUAAGGAGCAUGAAGCAAAUAUUGAAAAAAUAAGAGAGGAUAUCGAAGAAGAAUACGAGAAUCAAAUGGAGACUUUGCAGGACGAGCUUGAGGAAAAAUAUGAGAAAGAUUUGCGAGAAUUGCGCGAGGAAUUAGAUAAACAAGGUCGUGAAAUUACGGCGUCUGCGAUCGAAGAACUGCAGAGAAAACAUUUCGCGGAAAUUGAUGCGUUGCGGGAAGAACAUGAACAGAUUCAUAAACAAAUGUUAACUGCGAGUAAAAAGGAGGAAGAUAGUCUUAAAGAAGACAUGCAGGUUGUGUCAGAUAAGUUGGAACUUGAGAAAGAAAGGGCAAAAGAAAUGUCAAUAAAGAUGGAAGAAAUGCUUGCAAAAUCAAAGGAAGAAGAAGAUGAAAAGAACAACUCUUUACAAACAAUGGAACAAAAGAUCACAUUUCUGGAACACGAACAUGAAGUGAAAAUAACAGAUAUGCAGAAGGAAAUUGAAACAAAAAGGAAAUCACAUGAAGAUGAGUAUAACGAGCAGUUAAAGACACUGCGGAAUGAUUUUGAAAAAGAGAAAAUGGAGAUGGAGUUAAAACACAUUACUGAAGUUCGAGAGUUAUCAAAUAACAACGACAAAAAAUUAUCAGAUAAAGACGAACAGCACAUUUCCGAGAUACAUGUUCUGCAACAAAAACUUGCUCUACUACAGGAAGAGAAUGAAGACAAUACUUUCCGAGAAUUGGAGGAAAGUCGACAGCAGCUCUCUGAGAAAUUUCAGAAAGAUUUAGACACUAUUGUCCGUGAACUGAAACUUCAGCAUCAGAAGGAAAUAGACCAUUUGAUAUCAGAAGCAGAGUCAAACCAAUCAAAUGCAGAUAGAGACGCUUUCGAGACGUGGAAGACGGCUAUCAUUGAAAAAUACGAAAAAGGAAUGCGAGAAUUGAGACAGGAACAGCAAAAAGAAUUGGAAGCAACUCGGACAAGGUUAGAGAAUGAAAACUCCGAAGAAAUUAGCAAAUUAAACCGCGAUUUGAAUGCAAAAAAUGUCAAGGAGUUGGAGGAACUACGGACAAGACUUACGAAAGAAUUUGAACAAGAGCUUAGCAAUGUAAAGAUUGAACAUCAAAAUAAUUUUGAUUCAGAAAUUAACAAUCUUGUGAUCAAAUAUCAAUCUUUGAGAGAACAACACGAAGAGACAGUGAAAGAGCUUAAUAAAAGAUUGAAUAGUGCAUUGUCAGCACAAAUUGAACCUUUAAACAACGAGCUUCGGGUAUGCAAAGAUCUUAUGCAAGAAAAAGAGAUGGAAAUCGAGAACUUAAAGCGGCAGCACGAGAAAUCUUUAAAGGAAAUGAAGCAAAGAAAUUUUGAUGAUUUGGUGGAUGAGGUCUCUGAGGUUCGAGCAGAUCUUGCCCUCGACGCCGCUCGCGAAGUUGAGAUUGUUAAAUUAGAAGCAGAUUAUGAGAAAGCAAAGAAAAUCAAAGAAAUACAGGACGGUCAUUUGAAAGAGAUCACCGAACAAGCUGCGAUGAUAGAAUCGCUUGAAAAAGAUAAGAAAUCGUUAGAAGAACAUCUCAGAUCACUUAUUAAAGAAACACAAGAGCAAAAAGAAAUCAUGGAAAAUGAAAGAAACGAGCUUAAACGUCUUCAUGAAGAAGAAAUUCAGGAUCUUAAAACGAGGUUAGAAGUUGAGCAGCAGAAUACUCUCAAUGAACUAAAAGGAAAACUGAUGAAAGAAAUGGAUAAUAUGCAUGAGAUGUGGAAACAAACUUCAGAUGAAGAACAUAAAGAGCUAAGUAAAAGCUUUAUGCAAAGAGAAGAAGAAAUAAAGGCAUUGAAGUUGAAAGAGAGAGAUGAGAUUUUAAACAAAUUGAAAACAGAACACGAAAACGAAAUUACAGAGUUAAAGGAAAACUUGAAAAAAGAACACGAAGAUUCCAUGCAAGAAAUGCAAGAAACUUACGAAGGAAAAAUGGUUAAAGAAAAAGAUGAAGCUUUAAAACAGGCGAAUGAACAGCACCAUCGAAAUCUGGAAGCCAUGAAACAAGAACUAGUUGAAACACACAUGCAGAAGUUCACUUCAAUGACAGAAGAACUGGAAAAAUCUCAUCAGGAGGAACUUGAAACAAAACUACGGGAAGCCAAGGAAAUGGCUCGCUAUAAUUUGGAAAAAGAACAUUUGGAAAAUUUGAAGAAUCUUGAAAAUGAUUUACAGCAGAAGCACGAGAAGCAGUUGAACGCAUUGAAAGAUCUGGUCGAACAACAUCGAACCCAAAUCAAUAAGCUAAAAAAAGACCACGAGGUUGAAAAAGAAGAGCUUGAACAAAAUUGGCAAAAAAAAUUGACGGAAAAAUUAGCUGAAUUGAAGAAUGAUCAACGCGAAGAAAUGUUAAUUAAGGAGGAUCUACUUGAUAAAGCGGAGACAGAAAUAAGACGUGCUGUUCUAGAAAUCGAAACUAAAGAUAAAAACAUUAACGAAAUGACUGAGUUUAUUGAGAAAACGAGUAGAGAGUACGAGGAAAGACUUGGAAAAAUACGCAAAGAUUUUGAUGAUAAGUUAGAAGAUAUGAAAAGCAAUACUGAUAGUUCAAAUGAAGAACAGUUACGUGGUGUUCAGGAAAUGUUGUCACAACAACAUGCGGAUGAGUUGGAACGGCUGAAAGCAGAACAUGAUAAGCAUAUUGAACUAGCGAACAACGAACUUGAGGGAGAGCGUGUAAUGAGAACUCGAAUGCGGGAGGAAUUAGAAGAGAAAUUGUCUGAACAUCUUACCACAGCAGCAGAGCAAGAAAAAAUGUUGAAGAACAAGCUGGAAGAGAUGAAAAAUGAAAUUGCAGAACUGAAGGGAAGAAAUGAUAAUGUCCAAAAAGCUCUCGAGGAAAAAGAAAAUGAAUAUAUUGUGCUUCAAGAACAAAAGCAAGCCUUAGAUAUGGAUGUUCGUACUCUGGAAGGGCAUAUUAGGGAUAUUGAGAAUAGAGAGGAGAGACAACAGCGUGAGAAUGCAAAUCUCAUCCACAUGUUAAGAGCUGAUUUGGAUGCUAUGAAUUCUGAAAGAGACAGCGUCGAACGAGCUAAAGCGAAAUUAGUUAAACAGUUAACAGCAGCAGUGAAGACAACAAUAGCCAUUGAAGACACAAUCACCAGUCGCCUUGAGACGUUGUUUGAACAAACUAUGCAAGAAGAAGAUGAUGAACAAACUGUAUCUGAGGUUGCUUCACUUCCUGAUGCAGAUGAUGCUACACCUGAAGGUUUUAGAAGAAGGCAAGCUGGCGCGAUGUUGGCAUCAUCUACACCUGCUGCUCCUCAAGGAGCCAGAGCUCUUGACGAUAGUGAUGACAAUGAACGAACUGUAACUGAGGACAAACAAGCUGACCUAUCUUUGUUGAGUGAUGAAGGACUUGAGGUGUCUGUAAUUUUAAGUGACAAUCAAGGCUCAUUGGAUAUUCAAAAUGAUGAAACUGUUGUGGAUUCAGGGAAUCGUUUGAGAGUUGCUGUGAAGAAACUUCUCGAUAUUGUAGCUUCUGUUAGUAGACAGUUGAACGAUGCUCGAAAGACCCAAGAUGAAUUACUGAAUACAACUACUCAGAGAACUGAAGAACUGAACCAGCUGACUCAAGCACAAAAUGUGCUUAUGUUGCGUCUUCAAGAGGAAAUUGAAACCAAGGAAGAGGCAACGAAUAGACUGAGGAAUGCUGAAGAGGAAAUAGAAGUUCAUGUGGCAAACGAAGAAAGACUUGAACACCUUCUCAAGGAAACGGAAAAUGAAAAGUUGCGUUUGGAAGAACGGCUUUUGGUGGAGCGGAACGCAGAAGUGCAACAAGAAAUUGAGGAACUUAUAAAAGAAAAGGAGGAACUCCUCAACGGGAUCGAAACUCUGAAAUCUAAGACCGAGAACAUGGAAAAGGCUUACGAAAAAGAAAAACAACUAUUAUCCGAGAAAAUUAAAGAAUUACAAAAUAAGGUAAAAGACUCUGAAAGCGAACUCCAUUUGCAUUUAUCAGAGGAUUCUGGUUCAGCGUAUUCAGGUGAACAGGAAGAAGCAUUACCAGAAGAAAAACCCGCAACAUCUGAGACUGACGAGUUGAACUUGAAAAUAGAGUCUCUUGAAAAAGAGUUUAAGAAUAAAGAGAAGGAAAAUGUUCAAUUGAAAGAAGCACAGAAAACACUUGACAACGAACUGUCCAAUUUAAAAGACGAUAAAGUGGAGAUAGAACGAGAAUUGAGUGAAAACAAAGCCAAGUUUCUCAAUCUUAAACAGGAGUAUGAAAAGGAAAUUCAACGAGUCCGCUCGAAGCAAGAGCAAGAGAAACAUGAAAUACACGGAAAUGAAGAAUUACUCAAGGAAAAUGAAUCGCUGAAGAAAGAGGUAGCUACAUUGAAAAUAAGCGUGAAAAGCUUGACAAGUGAUUUGCAGAAUAUUUCUAAAGAUAAGGAUGACUUGCAAAAUGCUUUCCAAGAAUCUGAAAUUGCAUGGGAGGAAGAGAAAAAUAACUUACAACAACAGCUUUUUGAUAGUUGCCUUGAAGCUUCGUCGUUUAAGGAUCAAUUGAAUAAAAUGAAACCCGAAGCCGAAGCUGUGACGGAACUGGAAAGAAAACUUUCUGAACAAACUGAAGCAUACACAGAGCUAAAAACUAACGCUAGCAAUUUAGAAAACGAAGUAACCGAACUGAAGAAGUCUUUAGAUGAAAAAGAAACCGAAGUGGACUCCAUUUCAGCGACUGUUGAAGAACUGAAGGAAGGAUUGGUAAAUCAACAAUAUAUUCUUGAAGAACAUCGUGUAAAAUUGAUCCAAGCUGAAAAUGAGAAAGUUAUAGACGAAGAGAAGAUUAGGAAACUGAAAGACGCUCUUGUUGAAGCCGAAAGUCAUGUUGAAGAAGGAGAAACUAAGAUGCAAGAAAUUUUGAAAAACAUGAAAAAUCUGGAGUCAACUUAUAAAACGCAGACGAAUGAAGUUACUCAGCUUGUAAAUGAAAAGCUUAAAGCUUUGCAAGAAGAGUUAACUGAUGUAAAAAUUAAACUUGAUCAAGAAAAACAGAGUAACAACACGAUCACUGCCCACAUUAAUGAUCUUAAGCAACAACAUAUGCAGGAGAUGUUGUCGUGUAAAGCUCAGUUUGAAACGGAUGUCAGGAAUGCGGUAGAAAGAACAAAAUUGCUGGAAACUGUUGAAAAUAGUGCAAGAGAAGAACCAAUCCUGGAAUUUACAACCGAGCAACAGAGCCUGCAGUUUGAAGAAGAUCUUCAUGUUGAGUAUCGGCUGAACAACGAGCUUAAGAAUGUUGACGGAUUCACUAGAACCAUAGCUGGUUAUUUGUCUGAAUUGAGCCAUGAGAGUUUUGGGGAAAACGGGGAUAUGAACUCCUCUACCACAGAAAAGAUUGAAUCCGUUCUAGAUGACUUACGACUGGACGCUAGUGCUGUGUAUAAGUUGGUCAACAGCCUACCAGCAUUUCACGACCAUAAUGUCAAGUCACUUCAAACUGCUUGGGAGGAAGAGAGACAAAUCUUAAGAAAAGCAAUCGAGCAGUUGACGGAUGAAACAUCCACAAGCAAUGAUUGGAGAGGGGUUAUUGUCACUGCUGUUUUGGAUGUUUUGAAGAAGGAGGAAGAAAUACUUUCAUCAGAAUUGGAUGCAAUAGAGACAGUUUCACCUGAAGAUGAAAUUUCAGCGUCAAACCUUAUCAGAAGACGGCAACAACAACAGGAUGAUACACACCGUGAAUCUUUGGAUAGACUCUAUGAAGCUGACCGAAUGUCUUUACUAACUGAAAUUGAAGAUUUGAAGAAAUCGAUGUUAGCCGUGAAGCAAGACCUAACGCAUGAGAACAACAAACUAGAAGACCAUUUCAAAGCCAUACAGCAGCAAGUGAAAGAACGUGAAAAGGAACUUCUUCAACAAGUUACAUCAAAGGAAGAACUUUUGCAAAAGGCGCAUAAGUUGCUUGAAACCAUUAAAAACGAAAGAGACGAGGGAACGAAACAACUAAUUCAUGCAAAUAAUCAACUAACCAUCGAAAGAAAUGUAACCAAAGAGCUGAAGGAUAUCGCGAAUAAGAACAAGUCCCGUCUGAAAGAUUUGGAAUCUGCGUUAGAAAAUGAAAAAACACAAAACACCGUUAUUAAGACAUGUUUAGAAAGCGAAAGAGCACGAUGCUCGAAUCUAGAGCAGGCAUUGAAACAUGAACGAUUAAACGUUGAUUCACGAGAACGAGAACUUGAAAAGAAGAGCGUGUUGUUGCAGGAUAUAUCGAACAGAGAACAUGAAACUAUCAAAGAUUUGGAGGACGAAUUACUGCUAAGUAAACAACAGUUGUCCGAGUUGGAGACACAGUUACGGGAGGAGAAAACCAAAAACACAAAGUUGCAAAAGGAACAAGCAAAUAAAGACAGUGUCUCAGUACCUGACAAUGACAAAAUGAAAAAUCUCAUCCAUGAUCUUCGCAAUGAACUUGAAAGGACAAAAACCGAAAACGGUAAACUUGUCACGUCGAUAAAUGAGGAAAGGAAAGUCUCUGAAGAUUUAAAGUCAGGUUUAGAAUCUCUUCUCAUGGAGUAGAUCAACAGAUCGCAAAGCAAGAACAGUUGAUAACGGAAUUGAGUAAAGCGUUAGAAAAUGAAAGACGGGUGAAUGAAGAGCUUCGCAACGCACUCGACAAUGAUUAUGAAGAAACUGAAAAAGCAGACGAUACACAACGCAAUGUUGUCAAAGAACUUCAAAUAUCUCUGACCGCUGUGCAGGAGCAGUUACGCAAUCAAAUAGAUGUUGUUGACCAAGAGAGAAGUCGCGUUAAACGUUUACGCAAAGAAAGAGACAUUCACGAAGCGAGUGCUUUGGGAGCCCGAACGAAGGAAAGAAAUCUUGAAAGAGAUUUGGAAAAGGAAA